AUGGAAGUUCAGAACAGCUUCAGUGAUCAAGCGCCGCCUGGAAAACUAUGUGGUACACCAAGGAAAAUUCCUGUAAAGUUUUAUUCACUGCACGAAAGCUUGAGGGUGGUGUUUGUGUCCAAUGAUAAAAACAUGGAUUACGACGGAUUUGGGGCAACGUACAAGCUUUUGAACUACAGUCCUCCAAGUGACUCAGUACUUGUUAAUUAUCCUGCUACAUUUAAACAGACGUCUAUACUUUUUACAGUUUGUCCGAAGGAGGCAAUUCCUCUCUCAGGCGGCGGAAAAAUAAGCAGCACAAACUACCCAAAGAGUAACUACACUGCGUCCAGAAAUUGUACCUGGAACAUUACCGCGCCAGCUGACAAAAUUGUAAACUUUACGUUUACUGACUUUGUCUUAAGUGAGUGUUCAGCCAAUCCUUGUUCGGACUCUUGUUCUUAUGUGGAGCUUUAUGAUGGUGGGUCAACAAGUUCGCCUUCGCUGGGACGAUUUUGCCAGGGGUCGUCUUGGAAUAAGCCUCAUUUCUCGAAUGGAAGCCAAAUGUUUGUGAUGUUCCAUCCCGGACAAACAGUUGCUCGUGGUUUUGAAGCAGAAUAUUCAGUGCUGUCUCUCACAACAACAACAUUACCUUCAACAACAACAUUACCUUCAACAACAACAUUACCUUCAACAACAACAUUACCUUCAACAACAACAUCACCUUCUACGGCUGCCAGUGGUAGGUACCCCAACAUGUUUUAUUUAGGAUACGAAACAAAAUCAAAAUCGCCAGAGGGAUCCUUAUCGACAGCGGCCGCCAUAGGAAUAGGAUUGGGUUGUGUGGUCUUUCUUCUACUCGUCUUCAUACCAGUAUAUUGUCUUUUCAUUGUUAUAAAGAACAGGAGAAGUACAUCUCCGAAUGAUGAAGGCAAUGAAAUGGAAAAAUGCACAAAGGAAAAUAACAAACUCAAUGUGAAGAAGAGCGAGCAUCUUAAGACAGCGAUCAGUUUGAAUACCGUCAUGAUUUCCGCCUGGAUCGUGGUUACUCUUUCUGCUACCUCCCUGGUUCUUGUGACAAGUGGUCCCUGCAUCCCUCCUGGAGAAUCCAUUAAUGCUCCUAAUGGUCACAUUUCCAGCCCCAAUUUUCCCAACAACUAUGACGCAAACAGGAUUUGUACCUGGAAUAUCACGGUACCCCAUGGGAAAAUCAUCAAACUGACCUUCUUGAACUUUACCCUGGUAGCAGGUGAAAAUGAUGACUGUGCUGGAGCGGCAGCAGAUAGUGCCCGAGUCUUUAUCACAGACGUUGCUUCUCAUGGAGGAAAACCUAAUGACUUUAAGAUCUGUGGUCAAAGGCUUCCCCCUCCUGUGUACUCCGAGGGAAAUGUCAUUCAAGUGAGAUUUGAAUCGCGCAGCGGUCUUGUACACAAAGGGUUCAAUGCAACCUUUGAGACGAUAUAUAGAGAUUCACUGUGCCCAGCAGAUAUGAUCCUCAAUGAAACAUCAGGUUCUUUGUCCUCUCCAUUUAAUCCAAGAAACUAUCCCGUCAACCAGACAUGUAGCUGGAAGAUUAUAGGGAAACAAGGAUACCGUGUUGAGCUCACAAUACCAGACUAUAAUAUUGAACGUUGUGGUGGUGCUGCUUGCUCGUGUGAUUAUGUGGAAGUUCAGAAUAGCUUCAGUGAUCAAGCGCUGCCUGGAAAACUAUGUGGUACACCAAGGUAUAUUCCUGUAAAGUUUUAUUCACUGCACGAAAGCUUGAGGGUGGUGUUUGUGUCCGAUGAUACAAACAUGGAUUAUGACGGAUUUGGGGCAACUUACAAGCUGUUGAACUACAGUCCUCCAAUUUGUCCCAAGGAGGCAAUUCCUCUCUCAGGCAGCGGCGAAAUAAGCAGCACAAACUACCCAAAGGGUAACUACACUGCUUCCAGAAAUUGUACUUGGAACAUUACCGCGCCAAGCGACAAAAUUGUAAUGUUUACGUUUACUGACUUUGUCUUCAGUAAGUGUUCAGCCAAUCCCUGUUCGGAUUCUUGUGCUUAUGUGGAGCUUUAUGAUGGUGGAUCUACAAGGUCUCGUUUGCUGGGGCGAUUUUGCCAGGGGUCGUCGUGGAAUGAACCUCAGUUCUCGACUGGAAAUCGAAUGUUUGUGAUGUUCCAUCCUGGACAAACAGUUGAUCGUGGAUUUCAAGCGAAAUACAAAUCCACAACGACCGGUGACUGUACCCCUUCUGGAGAAUAUGUUAAUGCUUCUAGUGGUCACAUUUCCAGCCUCAAUUUCCCCGACGUGUAUGAAGCAAACAGGAUUUGUACCUGGAAUAUCACGGUACCCCAUGGGAAAAUCAUCAAACUGACCUUCUUGAACUUUACCCUGGUAGCAGGUGAAAACGAUGACUGUGCUGGUGCCGCAGCAGAUAGUGCCCGAGUCUUUAUCACAGACGUUGCUUCUCAUGGAGGAAAACCUAAUGACUUUAAGAUCUGUGGUCAAAAGCUUCCCCCUCCUGUGUACUCCGAGGGAAAUGUCAUUCAAUUGAGAUUUGAAUCGCGCAGCGGUCUUGUACACAAAGGGUUCAAUGCAACCUUUGAGGCGAUAUAUAGAGAUUCACUGUGCCCUACAGAUAUGAUCCUCGAUGAAACAUCAGGUUCUUUGUCCUCUCCCUUUCAUCCAAGAAACUAUCCAUUCAACCAGACAUGUAGCUGGAAGAUUAUAGGGAAACAAGGAUACCGUGUUGAGCUCACAAUACCAGACUAUAAUAUUGAACGUUGUGGUGGCGCUGCUUGCUCGUGUGAUUAUGUGGAAGUUCAGAAUAGCUUCAGUGAUCAAGCGCGUCCUGGAAAACUAUGUGGUACACCAAGGUUUAUUCCUGUAAAGUUUUAUUCACUGCACGAAAGCUUGAGGGUGGUGUUUGUGUCCGAUGAUACAAACAUGGAUUAUGACGGAUUUGGGGCAACUUACAAGCUGUUGAACUACAGUCCUCCAAUUUGUCCCAAGGAGGCAAUUCCUCUCUCAGGCAGCGGCAAAAUAAGUAGCACAAACUACCCAAAGAGUAACUACACUGCUUCCAGAAAUUGUACCUGGAACAUUACCGCGCCAGCUGACAAAAUUGUAAUGUUUACGUUUAUUGACUUUGUCUUCAGUAAGUGUUCAGCCAAUCCCUGUUCGGAUUCUUGUUCUUAUGUGGAGCUUUAUGAUGGUGGAUCAACAAGGUCUCGUUUGCUGGGGCGAUUUUGUCAGGGGUCCUCGUGGAAUGAGCCUCAGUUCUCGACUGGAAAUCGAAUGUUUGUGAUGUUCCAUCCUGGACAAACAGUUGAUCGUGGAUUUCAAGCGAAAUACAAAUCCACAACGACCGGUGCCUGUACCCCUUCUGGAGAAUAUGUUAAUGCUUCUAGUGGUCACAUUUCCAGCCUCAAUUUCCCCGACGUGUAUGAAGCAAACAGGAUUUGUACCUGGAAUAUCACUGUACCCAGCGGGAAAAUCAUCAAACUGUCUUUCUUGAACUUUACCCUGGUAGCAGGUGAAAACGAUGACUGUGCUGGAGCGGCAGCAGGUAGUGCACGAGUCUUUAUCACAAACGUUGCCUCUCAUGAAGGAAAUCCUGACGACUUUAAGAUCUGUGGUCAAAAGCUUCCCCUUCCUGUGUACUCCGUGGGAAAUUUCAUUCAAGUGAGAUUUGAAUCUGGUACCGGCCCUGUAAACAAAGGGUUCAAUGCAACCUUUGAGGCGAUAGAUGGAGAUUCACUGUGCCCUACAGAUACAAUCCUCGAUGAAACAUCAGGUUCUUUGUCCUCCCCCUUUAAUCUAAGAAACUAUCCAUUCAACCAGACAUGUAGCUGGAAUAUUAAAGGGAAGCAAGGAUAUCGUGUUGAGCUCACAAUACCAGACUAUAAUAUUGAACGCUGUGGUGGCGCUGCUUGCUUGUGUGAUUAUAUGGAAGUUCAGAACAGCUUCAGUGAUGAAGUGCCGCCUGGAAAACUAUGUGGUACACCAAGGUUUAUUCCUGUAAAGUUUUAUUCACUGCACGAAAGCUUGAGGGUGGUGUUUGUGUCCGAUGAUGCAAACAUGGAUUAUGACGGAUUUGGGGCAACUUACAAGCUGUUGAACUAUAGUCCUCCAAUUUGUCCAAGGGAAGCAAUUCCUCUCUCAGGCAGCGGCAAAAUAAGCAGCACCAACUACCCAAAGAGUAAUUACACUGCUUCCAGAAACUGUACCUGGAACAUUACCGCACCAGUUGACAAAAAGAUACAGUUUGAGUUUACUGACUUUGCCUUAAGUGAGUGUUCAGCCAGUCCUUGUUCGGAUUCUUGUUCUUAUGUGGAGCUUUAUGAUGGUGGGUCAACAGGUUCGCCCUUACUGGGGCGAUUUUGUCAGGGGUCGCCAUGGAAUGAGCUUCAGUUCUCGACUGGAAACCAAUUGUCUGUGAUGUUCCAUCCUGGACAAACAGUUGCUCGUGGAUUUGAAGCACAAUUUUCUGUACUGUCUACCACAACAACAUUACCUUCAACAGGGACAAAAGCGACGAACGAAACAACAACAAGUAAUGAAUCAAAAAUAAGAACUGAUUCAAGAAUGGCAACUACGACGAGUUUGCCAAAGAAAUCCUUAUCGGCAGGUGCCUCCGUAGGAAUAGCAUUGGGUAGUGUGGCUUUUGUUCUACUCGUCUUUAUAAUGGUUUACUCUUGCCAUCGUCACGUUAAAAAGAACAAGAGAAUCAUUUCUCCGAGUAACGAAGGCACUGAAAUGGAAGAAAACCAGCAAAGAAAUAAAAGCGGAUGUGCACCCGACACCUGAACAUGAGUUACGACAACCCUAAGCUAUUUGGAUCAAUUGUUUCAUUUCAUGUAUAUUUAGGCCUUAAAAAGCCUCAUUGGGUAGCAGUCAAUUGAUUUCUUUUCCUCGAUGACCGCCGAAAAACUCAAACGAGCUCACCUACCAGCCGCUUUACGGGAUUGUGGGCUCACAAUCUUUUCCAUUUUCAGGGAGGAGUUUUCAGGGAUAACAAAAGGGGAUCACAACUCAAAUCAUCCCACCUUCCUUGUCCCUCAGGGGAUGAAUAAUGAGCGGCCCUUUUGAGUCAUUUCCACAACGGACACAGUAAUUCUUCUACCCUAUGUAAUGACAACAAUUAACAAUUGGUUCAUACGUCAGCGUGCGUUCAUCGAGAUAUGAAGCACGCGGGAAGUUUGGAGAGCACGAAAGAUGCGUAAGAGUUGCUCGAGGCGUAGCCGAGGGAUCUCGAGGGAUAUGCUUGCUGACGUCAUGAGCGUGCACAAUAGGAAUAUGAAGCACGCUCGCGCAAUUGAAUUUGAUUAGACAAAUUUACUAGCUAUGUUAUAAAACGAUUUGAUGAGUGAUUUAUCCAGUGAGGUUUAAUUGGGUGAAACUAACAGAUUGUGCGAAAGUACGACAAUAGCUCGUAGUUGUCAUUUAACCUGGUUCGCCUGGGCUCACAGUACAUGUUUGCGUAAUUCGAUGUUUAAAGUACAAUAAAGUAGUUUUCAAUUGAA